GCUGCGCGGCCCAGGCGCCGGAGGCCGCGGCGCUGCCAUGUCCCUCGGGCCGGGCCCGGCCGGGCGUCCCGGCGUCCUGGACCUGAACGCGCGGCGGGAGAAGAUCCGGCGGGAGAUCGAGGAGCUGGAGCGGAGCCUGGAGCCCGGCGCAGCCGCCGUGGCCGUGUCGGACGGCAGCCUCAGCUCCGGCACAGAUGAUGAUGAAGAUGACUCAGAUUCUCACAAUGAAAUGGAAAUGGAAAGAGAAGAUGACAGUAGUGAUGAUGAUAUUGAGAGCAGUCUGCCACAGGAUCCAGAAACAUGUCUGCAGAUGAACCAUGUGUACCAGGAAGUUAUCCAGGAAAAGAUUGAGGAGGUCGAGCUUCUCAUUGCCCAAAACAAAGAACAGCAGAAGGAAAUCAUGGACGAGCUUGGUGGCCCAAAGGCAGCAAAGGCAGGAGACGGGAGAAACCUGCCAUCAAACGUAUUUUUGGGUCAUUUUAUGAAGCCAUACUUUAAGGAUAAAACAACAGGAAUUGGCCCUCCUUCCAAUGAAGAUGCCAAGGAAAAGGCAGCUCAGGGCAUAAAAUCCUUUGAACAACUGAUUUCAACAAAAUGGAAAAGCAGAGAGAAGACGUUAUUGCAGAAAUCGGUUGUAAGUGACCGCUUGCAGCGCCUGCUCCAGCCAAAGCUGCUCAAGAUGAGUUAUUGGAAUCAGAAACUGGAAAAAGUCAAGACUGAAAAGGAGAAACAGAUCUUGGAAAAGCAAAUCAAAGAAGUGGAGCAAGAAAUAGAGGCAAUUAACCAGCUCCCAGAAAGCGAGUUGUUAGGAAACAGAUUCGAUGAGCAUGACUGGGAGAAGAUCUCAAACAUCCAUUUUGAUGGACAACGUAGCUCAGAAGAGCUGAGGAAGUUCUGGCAAAAUUGGGAGCAUCCAAGCAUCAACAAAAAGGAGUGGACUGAGGAGGAGAUAGAGAGGCUAAAGAAGAUAGCUGCCAAACAUGGCUAUCUGGAUUGGCAAACCAUAGCCCAGGAGCUGGGGACAAACAGGACACCUUUCCAGUGCUUGCAGAAGUAUCAAGUCUAUAACAAAGAUUUGAAAAGGAAAGAAUGGACCAAAAGUGAGGAUCAGAUGCUUUUAGAGCUGGUUCAAGAGAUGAGAGUAGGAAGUCACAUCCCAUACAAGAAAAUUGCUUAUUACAUGGAAGGAAGAGAUUCUGCUCAGCUGAUUUACAGAUGGACAAAGAGUGUGGAUCCCAGCUUGAAGAAAGGAUCCUGGACACCAGAAGAAGAUGCUAUGCUGUUGGCUGCAGUUAAGAAAUAUGGAGAGCGUGACUGGUACAAAAUUCGAACAGAAGUGCCAGGGAGGAGUGAUGCUCAGUGCAGAGACAGGUACUUAAAGGCAUUGCACUGUGAUGUAAAGAAAGGCAAAUGGAGUUUAGAGGAAGAGGAGCAGCUAAUUGAGCUGGUUCAGAAGCAUGGCCUGGGGCACUGGAGUAAAAUAGCUUCUGAAUUGCCACACCGGACGGGCUCCCAGUGUCUCAGCAAGUGGAAACUCAUGAUUGGCUCUAAGAAAAAAUCUGGGCCAACAAAACGACGACACAUCCAAGAGAGUUCCAGCUCUUCAGAGAGCAGCAGUGAGGAGGAGAUAGAACUGGACUUAACAGACAGCUCAGAGGAGGAGACCACAAGCAAGGAGGAGUGUGAAUUUCCCAGCAUUGAUUUGUGGGUACCAACGCAGACAAAUACCCAGGAGGCAAACAGAGGAAGAUACCAGACUCCAUCCCUUUUCUCUCCUGUGUGUGCUGACACAAAGAGCAGCAGCAGUGAAGUGCCAAGUGCCAUGUGUGAUGGAGACAAGGACAGAGGUGCAGAGCUGAACACCCUCCUGAGCGGCAUCGCCCGCCCGCAUUCCACGGACGUGGUGGUCAGCAACCCAGCAGAAGUGGUGAACAAGGCUUCUAGGUGUGGAAAGCAGGUGCUGCGGGUUACCCUGGAGAACGUGAGGAGAGCAUUGAGAAAUAACACGUGUUCUCAGAGGAAACUUCAAUCAAAACUAAAACCUUCUGCCACUGUGUUACCAAAAAUAUCUGAAGUUGGUGCUUUUGUUGGCCAGAAUCUUCUGGGGCAGCAGAACAUCACAGACAAAACGUAUCGUCAGGAGAGAGAGCGCUGGAGGAGAAUGAACCUGGACAGGAAGCUUCUGAUGGCAGUGACUCCUUGGGUGGGCAACGUGCUGCUGCCUUGCACCUUGCAGACUGGGAAGAUGGCUUUUCAUCAGACAAAAGCUGAUUCUAUUCAAGAGAAGAUUAAGUCAGUCAGUCUUGUGAGCACUCCCCUCUUCACACUUUUCCUUCAGCUCUUUCAGAUUGACACCCACGGCUGCAUGAAGGUUAUUCGUGAGAGGAAGCUAAGGCAGCUGGAGCUUAUUAAGGCUAAUGCAGGAAGGCCUCAGCAGGCUUCCCAAAACGUGGAGACUUCUGCAGGCAGUUCUUCACAGCCUUGUACUCAGAGGAGCUCCCGAAGGGGCGUACCGAGGAGUGCUCUCAGGAGACCUGUUGCCUUAAAAGCAAGAGAGACUGCUGCUGGUGCUGAGAGCAGCACUCCUGCCAUGCAGGGAACUCUGCCAGGCCAAGUGCAGAGGCAGAAGCCUAAAACUGUCUCAGAGUUACUGAGAGAGAAGCGGCUGAGAGAGUCCCGGGCUAAGAAAGCUUUGCAGAGGACGGUAUUUGUCACCCCACAGAUUCUGGUUUCAGGGCCUUUGAUAAUCCAGCACCCACCCCAGCAAAUCAUUCCUCCUGCACAAGCAGAGAGCAAACCUGCAGCACUUGGUUGUACAAAUAGCCAAGUACAGUGCACACCAGCUCCCUUGCCAGCAUCUACUUCUGUUGCAGGUUCAACUUCUACCGCUAUUGUGCUUGAAAGCUGUUCCACAUCAGUGCCAGAAACUGGGGAAAGCCCUGAUUCCUCACAAGGGACAGAACAACAAUCCAAUAAGGAACUGAAAGAGCAACCUUUGGAAAGCAAAGGAGGGGUUUUUCCAGGAGUGAAUCUAGUUGCAGCAGAGAAGGCCCCAGCCCAGGGAGGGUGCAGUGCUCAGGUCCUAGCUGGUAGCUCAGCUUCAGUAGUGUUGCAAAACCAAGCUUUUGUGCCCCGUCAGAUCACGGUGGUGCCUGUUGGCAUUGAGUCUGGCACCAACAAGCUGUCUCUUUCCACCCCCGUUGCCUGUGAGGUGAAUAGUAAUGGGCCACAACAGAGACCAGUCAAUCUGUUGCCUGCUUUAGUAGCUCCACAGACUGGUUUGCCUUUGCUUCCCAACAGCAUGCUGCCUUUCACGUGGGUUGUCACGCCCCAGGCUUUGCUCCCCACCCCUGUGGUGGGUCUUCCCCAAGGACUGUCAGCUGCUGCUGUCACAGGUCAGUGUCAGGCAGCUGUGCCUGCCAAGGGCAAUGUCUCUAGCUUGGGGCUUCCUCAUGUACCAGCUGGAGCAAAUACACCUGCCCCCAGCAGUACAGAGACAAAAGCACUAAGUGCCCAGUUAGCUGAAGGAGUAGCUUUGGGACAGACAGCUGACCAUUCCACACUUCCCCUGCCUCUGAGCUCAGCAAGUCCUGUGUGCCCCACGUCCAGUGUAUCUCCUGCACCUUCCGAUGCCUUCCCCAAGGCUCCCGACCCCUCUGUGGCUCAGGCUGAUGCCCCAGCCCUGCAGGCCAGGCUGCUGCCCCCCACACAGCUGCCUGCAAGCACUCAAGGCUCUGAUUCCCAAAGUGUGUCAAGUCCCCCUAACGUGGGAGAGAGCCACAACUCUGUGACAGCAAAUGGAUCAUCUUCAGUGACGCAAGGGACUGUGCUCCAGCCGGGAGAUCCAGUUCCCCAGAACAACAUCCUGAGGAACUCUGAUUGCUCUGCUGCACGAGCAUUGAAACAUAGACCCAUUGCCUCCAAACCUCCAGCUGUGCAGCCUGCUGACAGCACACCCCAGCCAACCACUUCCAGUGCAGAAAAGAACCUCCUCGACUUCAGCCUGGUUUCCCUUGAAGAUGAGGCGCUAGUGAAGGAAUGGCUGAGUGGGAAACAAGGCGUCCAGGUACCACCACUGCAAACCAGGCUGCCUUAUUUGCCACCUUUCCUGUGCAAUUUAAAAACCCUCUCAAGGCUGCUUCUGCAGAAAGCAGCUCUAGAAGAGCAAGCAGCAUGUCUCCUGCCUUCUGCCAGUCAGGAGGGCGCAGGGGUUGAUUUGCACGCCAUCGGAGAGCUGGUGCAGCAGAAGCUGGGUGAUAACCCUGCUUACCUCCUGCUGAAAGCCAGAUUCCUAGCAGCUUUUACCCUUCCAGCUGUGCUAGCAACUCUGCCUCCUCCAAAAGUGACAACAACUCUGUCAGCCAGCAGGAUGCAAUAUGAAGAGAGUGAUGAAGAGGAGUGGCAGAGUGAGAAGGAAGCGUCUGAGGAAGAGAGUUGUGGGAAUGAAUUAUCAGGUGGACGGUUGGAUUGGACAGUUGGUGAUGAGCCUGGAGACAAAGAUGCUGGUUUCCUGUAUCAGGGCAUGGGAGCUGAGGAGAAUGCUGCAGAGUCUGGUGUGAGCUCCUGCACUGGUGUGGCUGAUGCCAGUGCUCCUCAAAUCAGGAGAAGUGCCCGCUUCAGGAAGAGGAGGAGGCUGUGACAAGGAAAUGUGAGUCAACUGAAUGAGAUCUGCCUUUCCACAUGGCAGCAGGACAGACUCUUUGCACUAUUCACUUUUAACUCUUCGAACAAACCAACUGGAUGGACCUGGGGAAGAGAGGGAAAUGGCUGGACUGGUUUUGCCAUCACAACACUCUGCAUCUUUAGACAAGUGGCAGAAAAAAAUGAAACAAGAUGCCUGGAGGGAAAUCUUUCAGGCAGAGACCAAUUCUGUUCUCUUUCAAGCCUGCACUUGCUGUAGAUGCUGGGAGGGGGGUGAUGGCUGGAGAUCUGGGGAAAGCAGCAGUGUUGGUUAUUUAUUUCCUUUUGUGUAGCCCCUAUUUAUGUGACUGUUGAUCCAUGUUCAGAA